UUGCUGCCUUCCCUGCCCGGCUGCGGCGCCCGGAGGGGCUGCGGGGCACCCGGCGGCGCAGCCUGCAGCGCAGCAGGCUCGGGCUGAGUCCGCGGAGGCAAGCCCUUGCCGACCACUGCCGUCUGCUCGGCAGGUGCCAGACCGGGGAGAUCAAGGGGAACUUGCACCCUGCUCAAGAAGAGUGCACAGAAUGGGCUCGGGACCCUCUGGGGUUUGCGUGGCGCGGGGCGGAGGGCACGGAGAGGAGCUGGUGGGUGGUGGGAAGUGCAGCUGGCAGCAUAACCAUGUCUGGUAAAUAGCGCGGGUUGGUAGGACCAGAACCACUUGGGACGGCCUGGCUGCAUUCGCCUCUUCGGCACAGAAUAACAAACGGCUUUGCUGCAGAGAGGGCUUUCCCCUUUGCUGGGGCCGUGGGCUGCCGCCGAGCCCCCGCGCUUAAAAGGAAGCUGAGAUCUGGGGCAGCAGCCUGGCGCAGGCUACUCCCCACCCCCAGAGAUCAGGUUCCGGGAUUUUGGGGUGGAGACUGAGACUCGGCGGUCCCUCGGCUGGACCCCGGGGGCUUAGCUGAGCUGCGCUCGGGCCCCGCAGCAGGAGCCGACCGCGCGGGCAGGAGGGGGUUAAGGUGGCGCUAGCGGCCGCGGCCAGCGGGAGGGUCUGGUCCUCUGCGCGGAGGCGAGCGUUGAGCGCGCCGGCCGGAAUCCCGGCCGGAGCCCGGGGCGAUGGGGAGAGGGCCCAGACCCCUCCCCGCCCUGGGGCCGGCGGGAUUGGGUCGGCAGGGGGCCAGUCCGGAAGCCGGCUUCCUCCAGGCUCCCCCUCUCGCUGCUGCCAAGCCGCCUCGCAGCUAGGCAGGCUGAGCGUUUGUUCUGUGCUCCCUGCCGAGGAGAUGUGAGGGAUUUUCUCUUGGGGGAGAAAUCAGUGGUCGAGCGCCUGCCCAGCUCAAAUGCCACCCGGCUCAGAGGGAGGCCUGCGGCCCAGGGAUCCCGGAGGGAGAGCAACGUCACACCUCCUGAGGACAGCCAGGACUCCAGCUUUUGCUGAGCUUUGCAUCUUGCCUCUUUCCUUCAAAAGGCUCCAAGCCCAUGCUCGGCUGUCUUCAAGUCCCGCAUGCCCCUGGCCAGGCACCUCACCGCCCCUCCAGCCCAGCCCAGUCCUAGAGCUCACGUCCAGGACCCAGAGUCUGCCCUCCUGCCCAGAAUGACUCACCAUUAUUUCUAGCUCGAGUGAGAAGACGUGAUGAGGAGUUGGGCUGCCUGUUUGUGCAUCUAAGAUUCCUGCAGCAUCUGAUCAGCUCUGCAAGGAAGAGAGCUUCAGGUCUCUGGUCAGCCAAGCGAGGCUGUCUCUCCAGCUCUCAGAGAGCUCUCAGGGCUCUCCUGCAGGAGACCAGGCCAAUGCUCCUGUGCUUCCUGGGGCCAGUAGCAGCACCCUGAGCUCCCUGCCACCAGGCAGCUGAAAGGCAUAGCGUGAGGUGCUUCUCUCAGUCCCAAUUAUGACAGUGGCCACCGGAGACCCAGCAGACGAGGCUGCUGCCCUCCCUGGGCACCCACAGGACACCUAUGACCCAGAGGCAGACCACGAGUGCUGUGAGAGGGUGGUGAUCAACAUCUCAGGGCUGCGGUUUGAGACCCAGCUAAAGACCUUAGCCCAGUUUCCAGAGACCCUCUUAGGGGACCCAAAGAAACGAAUGAGGUACUUUGACCCCCUCCGAAAUGAGUACUUUUUCGAUCGGAACCGCCCUAGCUUUGAUGCCAUUUUGUACUACUACCAGUCGGGGGGCCGAUUGAGGCGACCUGUGAAUGUGCCCUUAGAUAUAUUCUCUGAAGAAAUUCGGUUUUAUGAGCUGGGAGAAGAAGCGAUGGAGAUGUUUCGGGAAGAUGAAGGCUACAUCAAGGAGGAAGAGCGUCCUCUGCCUGAAAAUGAGUUUCAGAGACAAGUGUGGCUUCUCUUUGAAUACCCAGAGAGCUCAGGGCCUGCCAGGAUUAUAGCUAUUGUGUCUGUCAUGGUGAUUCUGAUCUCAAUUGUCAGCUUCUGUCUGGAAACAUUGCCCAUCUUCCGGGAUGAGAAUGAAGACAUGCAUGGUAGUGGGGUGACCUUCCACACCUAUUCCAACAGCACCAUCGGGUACCAGCAGUCCACUUCCUUCACAGACCCUUUCUUCAUUGUAGAGACACUCUGCAUCAUCUGGUUCUCCUUUGAAUUCUUGGUGAGGUUCUUUGCCUGUCCCAGCAAAGCCGGCUUCUUCACCAACAUCAUGAACAUCAUUGACAUUGUGGCCAUCAUCCCCUACUUCAUCACCCUGGGGACAGAGUUGGCUGAGAAGCCAGAGGACGCUCAGCAAGGCCAGCAGGCCAUGUCACUGGCCAUCCUCCGUGUCAUCCGGUUGGUAAGAGUCUUCAGGAUUUUCAAGUUGUCCAGACACUCCAAAGGUCUCCAGAUUCUAGGUCAGACCCUCAAAGCCAGCAUGAGAGAACUGGGCCUCCUGAUAUUCUUUCUCUUCAUAGGGGUCAUCCUUUUCUCUAGUGCUGUGUAUUUUGCAGAGGCCGAUGAGCGAGAGUCCCAGUUCCCCAGCAUCCCAGAUGCCUUCUGGUGGGCAGUCGUCUCCAUGACAACUGUAGGCUAUGGAGACAUGGUUCCGACUACCAUUGGGGGAAAGAUAGUGGGUUCCCUAUGUGCGAUUGCAGGUGUGUUAACUAUUGCCUUACCGGUCCCUGUCAUUGUGUCCAAUUUCAACUACUUCUACCACCGGGAGACAGAGGGAGAGGAACAGGCCCAAUACUUGCAAGUGACAAGCUGUCCAAAGAUCCCAUCCUCCCCUGACCUAAAGAAAAGUAGAAGUGCCUCUACCAUUAGUAAGUCUGAUUACAUGGAGAUCCAGGAGGGGGUAAACAACAGUAAUGAGGACUUUAGAGAGGAAAACUUGAAAACAGCCAACUGUACCUUGGCUAACACAAACUAUGUGAAUAUUACCAAAAUGUUAACUGAUGUCUGAUUGAAACCUAUUACCAUACUCACAGCUCAAUGGAACUAAUGCAGAUGUUGCAUAAUAGCCUGCAUUGUAGUCAGUGUGUUCUACAGUGUGUAUCUGGUUCUGCAUGGAAAGCAAUAGUUGUGCAAGUGACUUUUGAUCUUUUGACUUUUGAUUUAGAACACAGAAUAUCUAUCAUGGCUUUCAUGCACAUCCUUAUCACCGGCUUAUGAAUUUCCAAAGACGGGAGUCACCUAUCAAGCUAGGAUUUCAGAUAGACACGUUGAGGCCACCUCAUAUCCAAUACACAGUGCACCAUAUCAGUGCCAUCAUUCCUUCCUAAUGAAAUGCACACAACAUCCAGGAGAUGCACUCCCCUCCCCACCAUCCCACCACCUCAUUUGAGCCCACCUGCCCUUUCACAGAGGAACACAAUCAUGGCUUAGCUUUAAAUAGCUGGUGUUUGUUCAAAAGGUCAUUCUCAUUUUUGCAUUGAAAAGAACACACAGUCCUGUGUGUUGGAAUUACUUUCUGUGUCACAGGCUGGAGUUUGUGAAUUGCAGUUGCCAAGUAGAUGCUCUGGAGGCUUGUGUUUCAUAACGGAAAAUGCUGCAUUCUGCUUUUUCUCUGCAGUGUCGAUGUGAGGGGAAGCCCGGGGGAGGGACAGUUAGUAUGACCGAAUAUGAGUUGUCAAGUUUCACAUUUGUUCCCUUAGGCCUAUGGGGAGAAGCUAACAAACCAACGGACCUCUAAGCCUCUGAUUUCACCAUUUUUGCGGCUCCAGGGUCACAAAAACAUGUGUGGUUUCUUACUGGAGUUUGCAGACAUCUGCUUUCCUAACUGAUGUGGCCCAGCUACACUGACACUGCAGUGAAAUUUACCAGUGAUGCAAUAGAGCUGCAUGGGUGUUUGUUGCAUGAAUCUCAAUAUUUAAAACACAGGAGAUAACCUAUUUUCCUAGUAGCCUACGCAGUAUUAAUAUUUAGAGUAUUAAUAGGCUUGGAAUGGUCUUGAACUAGGGGUUUUUUUUUCCCAUCAGAAGGCAAAAUCCCUCCAUCAGGGGAAAAAAAUAGACUAUUUGGAAUGGAACUAAAACUUCUGGCCCCCCAGUCUACCUAUCCCUGUUCUUCUAAACAGGAGCGCAGACCUCUGCAAAGCCAGGAGAGUAAGCAGGGAAGGCAGCAUCUGAACACCUCACAUGACUGCACCUUAGGAAUUAACCCAGUCACGGGCAUGACUGUACAGUGGACCAGGGCAUCUGGUCCUGACGACAGGCAGGUCUGUGGAUCCAAUGUAUAUAAAUAUAUAUCGAGUAUCUCUCUUUCACACGUUCCUCUACCUAGCUAGUGAUAGAAAAAAAAUUGCAUUUGAACAUUGUACAAGCUUAUGCAAUAUUUUUGACACAGGGCAAUUUAUGCAUGUGUUUGACUAUGUGCACUAGGGUGUAUAUAUAUACAUACGUAUGUGUGUAUAUGUAUAUACACACACACACACACACAUAUAUAUAUAUUCAUUUUCUGGAGUUCAGGUUCAGGAGCAAAUCCACUGCUUGGUGGGUUGGCUGUCUAAGAGGCCUAACGGGUUAAUUUGUCUCAUUGGUAACCCCACCGGGCCUGGGUUUGCUGCCAUUGCCUCAGACACUCCGGUAUCCAUGGAUUCCUAGAUGUUAGAAUUGUCUUUCUGCCCUCCAUGUGCUGCAGCUUCAGUUCCCAUGGCUGAAGCUUGUCUUACUGAGUGCACAAGGGCCCCAUGGCCCUCACAGUUCCAGCUGUCCUGGGCCAGACCCACCCCGGGCCUCCUCUCUACAGUUCAUCCUGUUCAUCAUCUCCAUUUUCACCUUUUCCCAUGCCACUUGGAUCUUAUUAUCAUUUGGCUCUGCAUCUGUCACUUUCCUGAACCUUUCCCUAAAGAGCCAGAAUGGAUCCCCUGCUUUGAAACCAAGGACACCAAGGAGUAGGACUCCCUGGGACCAAAUUCCACUGAUCUGGACCUAAAGGGAGCCUCCUCUAUGUGGAAAUGUCUGAAGUCUGGGACUAAGGGAUGGAGUCCCUAGAUGAUCCAAAGGCAUCAUUUUGAUCUCCAGACCCAAACUCUCUCCCCAUUAAACUGGCAACCAGAGCUGCUUUUUAAAAAGAACCAAAGGAUGGGUAAAGAAUCCUUUCCCACCCCCUAGAACAAGUACAGUGCAAAUGAGCACUGCACAGCCUAAAGGUAGACAGUAGGUUGACCCUGAAAUGGCUUCAGGUAGGGGACUUUUAACUCACCAGACUGGACUUCUUUGCCUUUUGACAGGGUGGCCUAAUUUUCCCAAACAAUGAAUUGCAGGGGUCGGGCUAUGCAGGGAUGGCUCCAGCCCAGGCCUCACUGCUGCCUAGUUAACACCUACAGUUGUCUUGGGGCAUGGGGCACCAGCUCAGGGUGCUAGGCCCAGGGUGCUCAUUAGUGCCUGGUCACCCACAUCCCCAGGUAUCUGCAGGGCAUCCCAUGCCCAGCACAAAGCCUCUGUGCUUCUCUUCCUCUCCUUCAUGGGAGGUGGUGCUGAAUUUCCAAGGCAUGGGGUGGGAGGGACACAGACCUUUGGAAGAUAGAAGGUAAAGCAACCCAUAUCUGAGGCCUAGGUCAGGGAUAGAUAUCUUAUCACAGUGUCCUUGGCCCAGGACUCUAAAAUGUUCACAUACAGUCAUGCACAUUCACCACAAAAUAGGUACACUGUUGUCACACACAAAAGACAAACAUACACCACAUACAAAUAUACAACCUGCAACUCAGAUGCAAAAUACAUAAAAAACUACAUGGACAAAAUGCAUAUGCAUAUAAGAUACACAAAGGCUACUUUACCAUUGUUUCUACACAUGAAAUACACACAAACUCAGUAUAUACACACAAUGCAUUUACUUAUAACAGGCAUACAAGAUACAUAGCACACAUGCCCCAAAACAUCACACAAUACACAUGAAAUGCGGACAUAUGCUCAGACCCAUUGCCCUGCCCCCAGAGCUAUGAAUUAACAGGCACAAACAAAAGAUCAGAUGUAAUCACCUUUCCCUGGCCUGUGUCUGUAUCCCUCAGUAUCCUUCAAGGAAUCUCUUUCUCUAAUCUUUUCUCUCACCACCAGAUUUCAGUCCUGAGAAGUAACUCCUAGGUUUCAAGCAUGAGGAUGGGCCACCACAUCAAGCAGAUAUCUGACUAAGACCAGGAAUUGCAUGGGGUCUCUACCAAUUCACCUUCCUCUGACCAAAAAACUGGGUGCAGGGUGUGGAAGUACCUGGGACAGCUGGUAGCAUAAUAUAGGCCUCCUUGCCAUGACCCUUCCUUCCUUCCAGCAAAUCCACACAGACAACCCAAUAGCCCAGGCUCCCCUUCUCCCAGCACCUGGGAUCUCCAGAUUCAGCCCUAUUCUCUUAAAAGCAGUAAUGGCUCAAGAAACUGCAGGAUCUUGAGCCCAGGACCAGGGUGAAGAUGUCCCCAACAUUCUCUAAGCCCACAGAUCUUAUUGCCCUUCCAUCCUUUGCAGCUUUGUUGGGGGCAAGGUCAGGAAGUUGAGACCCUGUAGAGAGACCUGUCUCUUAAAAUGAGCCACCUUUACUUGCUUGUGGCAUUUCACUUGCUCUUGUGCAUAAGCCCAAAGGGGCCAACUCCUGAUUCCCCUCUAGGGGUGUUCAAUCCCGGGCACACUCUUCCUUUCCCUCUUGUUGGGCUCCCCUGGAUGCCGUGCCUCCCAUCCAAUUGCUAUGCAACCCGGUUCAGCUUAAGUAAAAAGUGAUUAAGAACAUACAUCUAAGGCUAAACAAGCUAACACUUUUUAGAGGGCCUGACUUUAUCCUGUAUUCUAAGGCCAUAUUUAAAUACUUUCUAAGAUUACCCACCAUUUUGGAUUAUUCUUGGAGCAGGUUCUUCCCCUAAGUAGGACUAGCUGAGAGCUGAGUGCAUUUUAGCAAAGGCUUCACCUACAUUGGAAGUUAGGAGUUGCAGUCAAGCUUUGGAUCAGGCCUCACUCCUGAUUUCUGCUCCUGCAGCCAUCCCGUUGUGUCUCACCCUCCCUUCCAGUGAUGGUUGCAGCUCCCAAUCUCUACAGAAAAGGCAACAACAGUAGGGAAUGGACAUGCGGGUCCAAAACUUGUGCAUUGCUGGAAACUUGUGUUUCCAAGUCAAGGUACCAUUCCUGUUGGCUUCAUCAAGUGUCUCUGUGGACUCAUUUUCAAGAAAGUUGGAGUUCUCAGGAGACCGAAAAGGAAGAGGCCCAGGAAAGGUGGAGAGAUUGUCAGGAAGAGAGAGUAGCUGAGCGGGUCAAAUUUCAGAGUAAACUUUUUAGGAGCCGGCAUUUAAUUAAGAAAAUAAUUAAGGCUCUGUGCUUCCUGAAACUUCAGUGAUACUUGACAUGCUCUCUUCCUUCUUCUCUGCUUGCCUCUGUCCCUCUCACCUCUGCUUCUGAGGCUAAUGUUGGCAUGUCACCAGGAGGUCAGCCUUUUAAAGGGGGCCCCACGGGAGUGUGCCUCUAGAUUGCGUUAGCCUAGUACGGAAAGGGCUCCCAUGGAAGCUAUGAUGGCCUGAGACCCCAGCCUCGGUGUUCAUGUUGCUGCUCCGUGUUGGGAGGGCCCAGGACUAGCUUGUCCUACCUGUUCUUUCUGGAUCUCUCACUAUAUUGUAGUGAGGACUCUAUCGUAUCAACCCAUGUGGAGAGAGGACAGCACCCUCUGAAGCUCCUCAGGCUGCGGAUUCAGCACUGCCCACAGUAGUAGAGUCGUAGUGGCUGACUCCCCCCAAAAGAAACUGUAGAACAGUGUGCAAAUUGCAUAUGAAGGUGGCACCACUACCCCUAUGUCAGGAAGGGGAUCACAGUGUUUUGACUUGUUUACUCAAGAGAGGGGAUGAUGGUGCCGAGCUCUGCUCCCCAGAGCUUUCCUGGGGCCCAUUGUCAUAAUAACGUGUAUGUGGGUGAUGGCUGCCUGGUCUGCGAGGGCUAUAAUGUCCAUGGUGCUCCUUGGUUACACAAUGGAGGUUCCCCUAGCCUUGGCAAGGUAUCCAUUGCCAGGUUUGAACUCAUGACCUUAACCUCAUUAACAUCAUCAGUCACCUGAGCCAACCCGCAGAGAGGGGGAUGCUGGGAGCUCUCUCAGUAGCUACUGUGACCAUCAUCUAUAUCUUCAGACUUGGCCCUUGUUGAGUCCAAUCCUGUUCCCCUAUCAAAGCAACCAGCAGGGACAGAUGGAGGUAGGGGCUUCCCUACAUGCAGGAAGGUUCUCUUCCUCAAACUAACCUAGUUUACUUUUCCUUUCUUUCUGCUUCCCUUCCCACCAAAUCUCAGCUUCAUCUCUCAUAGUUUGUGUUUGAAUAUUUUUAAAGAGGAAAAGUGCAAUAAAAUAAAUAGUGACUGUUUUCUUUAGCAAUAGCUCUUUCAAAAUCUUGCUCUCAGGACUGAAAAGUAAUAGAUAGUACCUGGAUUAUCAGAUAUUGCCCUUGACUUCUGGGGGCUCAUUCACAGUCUCUGUAGUUUCUUCUUCUUCCCACGUGUUCACAUGACUCCUGUCCUCUUGAGAUCUGACCUCCUUCUGGAAUGGAUACAUAUGCUAAGAUGCAGUAUAUGCACAAGGAAGGCCUGUGAGAGGGCUUUGUCACUCUGUCUCCUUCCUGUGUGCACCUCUCUGUCUCCAUGUGUGUCUCUGUCCCCUCUCCCUCUGUCUCCCCAUUUCUGUCUGCUGUCAUACAGCAUCCUUACAAUGUCUAGGCAUGAAAAUCCUGCUUGUGUGACCUUUCAAGCCCAUUUUGUUGACUUUCCCUCAGUCUGGCAGAUGUAAUGGAAGCCUACAGGAAAGCACUUCCCAAUAGAUAAGAAUAAAGCAUCCUGAGCCAUUACAGAAGAUCAUUUCCAUGCACUAAAAGCCAUUACUUGAUCCUUUUGCUGCCCUUUCUCCCUUCCCCAGGGAGAUGGAUGCUGAGGGAAUGUGGCCUGGAGGUUUGCACUUGGGAUCAGUAGCCUGGGCAGAUUUGGGAAUUGCCCUCUAACUCUCCUUCAAAAUAAGCUGGCUUGCUCAACCAGAGGGACUCCAUGAGAGCUGCAGAAGGAAGCAAGUUCUUGUGGGUUUCAGUAGAAGUCUACAGGGAUAGAAGUUUGGGUGGUUAGGGCAUGACAUUAGUGAAAUAAAGACUCUACCACCCGCUAGAGUGUGCAGCUGCACAAAUAUUUGCACACAUAGCCAGGGGCUUCAGAAGAGUCCCCUUUCCUAACAUCUGUGAGGUUAAAUGUUCAGACUGGACAAUCAGGGAAGGCUGGCAACCCCAGGGUCCCAUUCCAUUCUUUUUUGAUCUACCUUGCUCUAUACACAUGUGUACAGCAAAACCUCAGUUAACUGAUGGGGAAACCUCAGGGACAGGAACAUCCUGGUUGCUUUGCAAUUCUGGUUAUUUGAGUGGGAAUGGGAAAGCAUGUCUGGUUCAACCUUUGGUAUUGAGAAAAAUAUUUCCUAAGUAGGUUAACAUAAACUUUCCUGCCUUAGUUAAGUAGAGUGUUUGAAGAUAACAGGGACCUUGCCUUGCUCAGGGUCAACAUUGUAAACCUCAGUGCUUAUUGUACAGUAGUGGAGAUAGAUGGAGAAGACCAAAGAGACAGGCUGAAUGGCUGCUGGCUACAAGAUAGGCCUGGAAAUGGGCCACUGGGGCACAUCCUGGCUCAUCAGAUAGAGCCCUUGCUGUCAUUUGCCUCUUUCUACUGAAAAGAUAGUAAGAAAACAUAAUUCUUGUCAAUCAAGGUUUUGGUUAAUUGGUCCUGAGUUUUUAGAGGUUUUCCAUAUAUACAUAUAUUUAUGUGUAUAUAUAUAGUAUAUGUAUAUAUGUAUACUAUUUUUAAAAUUACAGAAUUAUACAUUGACCAGUCUCCUUAGUUUCACUCAUGUGGAAUAAAUUUGGCAAUCCAAGGAACAAACUGCAUUUAUGUGCAUUUUUUGAAUGACCUCCUUUGCAUUCUUUUCACCUCUCCAGUUCCACUCUUUUUUUUUCUGCUUAGGGACCUCUCUAGAAGGCAGAUCUUUCAUAAAAAAAAGAACAGGCUACAGGAUCACCUCUUUCCUUUCCCUCCCAGGUGGCUGCCUGACUCAGGGAUAAAAGGGAAGUCUGAUCUAACAGCCAGGUGCUUUAGCCUUUCUUCUGUCUGCCCUGGUUGGCUAUAACCUCAUCACUGAGGAUCAGAAAAGUUAUUCCAAACUUUGUACUCGAGGGGAGUGGAAAGCUUGAAGGCCUGGCAAAGGAUUUAUCUAUUUAGCGUUCUCUUUGUCAUUGGUGGUGCCCUAGGUUUGAGGUUUGUGAGAUCUGAAAGUAACAUUCCAAUGAAGAACUAAAGCACAUCUCUGCCACACAGAAGGUGAGGUUUGUGGCAAUCAAUGGAACUAACAAAUCCAUUCUGUUUUUUAUUACGACUAAACCUAAGUUGAGGGUAUGGGUAUUAGAGCAGCUGAAAUUCAGUUGCCUCUUUGGGGGUAAGCUGUACACAUCACUCAAGAAACAGCUGGAUGCAAGCUAAAACCUGCUCUCAUUCUCCCUCUUGCCUGCUAGUGUGUUAGAUCCAUGGGAGACAGUUUCUCUCAGCCUCACCUCUUGCAUUUGACUGUGUGCUUUCUACCUGGAUGGGAGUGGGAGGGAUUUUUCACUGCAUCUGGAGCAAUUGAAGUGGUGCAGGGGUGUCUGCCAUCUCCCCACACCCACAGAAGCCCUCCAAUCUGGCUAUGUUAGUUGUGAUCAGGCAACAGAAGCCCAUAAACCAGACUUGGCAUGACCAGCUGGUGCAUUGAGGCAGUUGAGGUGGCCUGUCUGGAUGGCUACUUCUUGUAUUUCAUGAACCUCAGCAUGGAAAUGCAUAUAACUUUCUGUGCUCCUCUGCACUCCUAAAAUAGUCAAAUAUGUUCCAGAUGAGUUUGCAGCUGAGAACUCCCUGCAUCAUUCCACUGAUGGAUGCACAGGGCAUGAUUAUGUAAUAAUGUGGACAGCUACUGCAACAUCUAGAUCAUUGAGGGCAAUGUAGAUGUGGCUGUGUGCUAGGACCCUUGGUAGCUAUCCAGAGGACUCAGUCUGGUGUCUUUCUGAGUCUCUGUGAGAGGGCUCUAAGCCCUGCUUCUCCUUGAAAAUGAUUCCCUAGACACCGAAUGCCUUGUUUGUAUGAGUGAAUAAAUGCUCUGGGCUGCUAGAAAAAGCAAUAGGAGGGGCUGGGAGGAAGAGAAUAUUCAGGGGCGCACUUUGCUACCAAACAAUUUCCAUGUCAGCUGCUAACAUUACUGCCUUUUUAGCCUAUGAAGUGUAGGGCAAGGACUUUGACCUGCCAGGUGGGGAUAGAAAGGAGCACAUCAGCUCCAGGCUAAGAAAUGGGAUAGAAAAGCAAGAAGAGAGGCCUGGCUGGCUUUGGCGGGGGUGAGUCUCAGCUCCUGAGGGUUUGAACAUGCUCUGUGCUUGCCCCAGUUCUGCCUUCACGUGGGAUCCAGCGACCCAGUUUCCUUUUGUUGUCGUGCUUGGAUGGUUCCUUCAUUUGAAGGGCCCCAGGAAGCUGGAAAGUCCCAUGAUCAAGCUCUAGCCUGCUGAGCAAACAAUACCCCAGCCAAAUUGGCCUCUUCCUGGUUUUCUGCAUCCCUGAACCCCUCUCUCCACUAAGGAUAAUCUUGGAACAGUUGAGAUUAAUGGUGCCAGCAAUCAAGGAAGAUUCUCUAGUUUUCAUCAGGGACAUAGCUGUAAAGCUCAUGAGUGGAGGAUGCUAUUUCCUUUUCCAGACCUGUGUGUGCUUAUGUGCUUAUAAUAUAGGCUGUCUCUGGAGACUUUAUAUUGUGUGAUAUAUAUAUAUAUAUAUAUAUAUAUAAGAGAGAGAGAGAGAGAGAGAGAGAGAGGAGAUGGCCGCCGCUCACUUAGGCUCAUGCAGCACAGACUCCAAUUAGAGUUUGCACUGGCUUCCUUGCUGCUUGUGCAUGAAUAUUCAGCUGCCCUCCCAUGUCCUGUCUCUAAUAAUUGCUGAAAACUCAAAGAGGUAGAUAAAUAAGCCUCCUUGGGAUCAAUAGCAGAAGGAACUCCAAGGCUGAUGGUAAAGCUUCGUAAGGAUGAUGCCGAAAGGGAACUGGGGUCUCCAUGGUGAUAAGAGGCUGGGGACCAAUGAGAGAUGAAGGCGGAGCAGGACUUGUGGGGAAGACUCAUGGGAGUUGGGAGUCAUUUAACUAUUUGUUUGCUUCGUGAAAAUUUAGACACCAGCUGUAACUACAUUGCACAGGAUGUAUUGAUAUUAUCAUUCUUGCUGACAUAUUCUGGAAGCUUUCAGCCCCACCAACACUGCCCCGCCCAGGACUUCUGCAGCUGAGAGUUCCUGUGUCAGUAGGGUCUGAUAUUUGUACAUAGGUUAUACAUAUAUGUGUACAUAUGUGCCUCAAUGAACAUUGCCUGUCCACCUGAUCAUGGGUGUACAUAGACUUCAUAGAGCUCCACAGUCUUUUGUAAAUAUUGACACAAGUAAAUAAGUAUAUAAAUAUAUAUUACUGAGGAUUUAUUUUAACAUCAUUCUGUGUGAUAUGAAAAAAAAUAAAAUUUUUGACAGACA